AUGGCAAAAGAGCAGAUUAAAGUUGUGGUCUGUGGUGAUGACAGUGUGGGGAAAACAAGUCUCAUAGCAUGCUUGGUGAAGGACCAGUACAUACCAAACCUUCAAGACUUCUUGCCGCCCGUCACUAUACCGCGUGACUUUUCUUCGAGUCCCUAUUGUCCCAAAAAUAGUGUUUUGGUCGACACGACCAGCUUUGAUCUACCAUUGUUGCACCGAGAACUUAAGAGUGCCGAUGUAAUCUGGUUAGUGUAUUCAGAUCAUGAGAGCUACGAUCGUGUGGCGCUGUACUGGAUGAUGAUGUUUCGAUCUCUUGGCGUAAACCUGCCUGUUAUUCUGUGCAAAAACAAAUGCGACAGCUACCUGGAGGAAGAUCAGUCCAUAAGCGCUAACGAAAUCAGAGCAGAGGAUAAAUCAUCAGAAGACACAAAAAUUGAAGACGAAGAAUUCAUUCCGAUUUUACGCGAAUUUAAAGAAAUUGAGACCUGCAUUAAAACGAGUGCCAGAGAUAAAUUUAACGUCAACCAGGCAUUUUAUCUUUGUCAAAGAGCCAUAACACACCCUAUCGCGCCGCUUUUUGAUGCUCGUGUAGGAGAGUUGAAGCCGCUCACGGUCAUGGCGCUCAAAAGAAUAUUUCUUCUAUCGGACAAAGAUCAAGACGGUUUUCUCAAUGAUGAAGAGCUAUCCGUCUUACAGAAGCGCUCCUUCAGCAAGACCAUUGAUAUUCAUGAGCUUGAAUUCAUCAAAAAGACUUUGGUUAAUCUCUCAACUUCACCGCAAGAAUACGCUAGCUACACACUCUUUGUUCCUGGAAAAGGAAUCACAAAAGAUGGGUUUUUGGUGCUGAACAAACUCUAUUCCGAGAAGGGCAGACAUGAAACAACAUGGGGCAUUUUGCGAGCAUUCCAUUAUACUGACUCACUAUCUAUAAGCGAUAAAGUACUCUAUCCUAAAAUGGAUAUCCCAGAUACUGCCAGCGUCGAGCUGAGUCCACUUGGAUACCGUUUUCUCGUAGAGUUAUUUUUGACCUUCGAUAAAGAUAAUGAUGGUGGGCUAAAUGACCGAGAACUUGAGUUUUUGUUCAAAACAACUCCCGGAAUACCGAAACUGUGGUCAGAGACUAAUUUUCCAUUUUCCACAGUCGUCAACAGUCAGGCUUGCGUCACACUACAAGGCUGGUUGGCGCAGUGGACAAUGACUACUUUCUUAGAUUACAGAACUACUACCGAAUAUCUCGUCUAUCUGGGUAUAGAAAGAGACGCAAGAUUGGCUCUUCAAGUCACUAAAUCUCGAAAGAAGCGAAGGCGUAACGGGAAGCUUUAUAGAGCACCAGUCACCGAUCGAAAGGUUUUUAAUUGCUUUGUUGUUGGAAAGCCAUACAGUGGCAAAAGCUCACUUUUGGAGUCAUUUGUGGGAAUGUCCUUCUCAGAGUCAUAUUCACCGACCAUAAAACCUCGCAUAGGGGUCAAUAGCUUGGAGUUGAAAGGAAGCAAACAGUACUAUUUAAUCUUGCAGGAAUUUGGAGAGCAAGAGCCUGCUAUUUUGGAAAAUGUUGAAAAGAUGAAGGAGUGUGACGUACUAUGUCUCACAUAUGAUUCCAGUGAUCCAGAGUCAUUCUCUUGCCUUUUCGACUUGAUAAAUCAACACAAAUACCUCCAAGAGCUUCCUAUGGUAUUUGUGGCUCUUAAAGCUGAUCUUGACAAACAGCAGCAGAGGUGUUAUAUUCAGCCUGACGAUUUCACCGAUAAGCUUUUUAUUGAUCACCCCUUACACGUAUCAUCGGCGUGGUCUAGUUCGCUGAACGAACUUUUCAUCAAACUAACGGAAGCUGGGCUAGAGCCUGCCAAGAAUACCCCUGGGCUGGCCCCAGAUGUCACCAAAGAGGAUAUUGAUUAUUGGCAGUACGCACUGGUCGCUACUUCCGCCGUCGGUUUUACAUCUCUUUUCACCUUCACUUUCUUCAAAUUUUUUCGAAGUUUACGAAGCGACACUUCUUGA